GCUGAUCUUCCAAACUUGGUCAUGUUCUUCGUUUGGCAGCCAAACACUCUGGAGCUUUAAACAACAUCCAUCACCCGCACACACUGGGCUCUGGUCUUCACUUUUGUUUCUAUUUUAGCUCGACUCUCUCAGGCGGCGGUCAUGGCUCGCUGCAGGAGUUAUUUGCGAGGGCUCGCCAUCUGUGUCACUGUCCUGCUAAUGGUUUCUGGUGUCGUCAUGAUCGGCGUCGGCUUUGCCUCCAUCGAUGGCAGCAUUCCAGUAGAGAAGUUGUUUGAGCAUCUGUCCAGCAGCGAUGGUUUACUGGUCCUCCAGGUGUUCGGUCCUCUCACCGUGAUCUUAUCCGUCCUGGGGAUCUGUGCAGCGUCGCUGGACGUCAAAACUCUGCUGCUGCUGUUUUCUGCUCUGAUAUUCGUGGAGUUCGUGGCUCUGAUGGUCGUCGCCUCUCCUCUGGUCCGGGUUCAGGCUCAGUUGGACAGCGCUGUGGACGAGUUGUUCCUGAACGUGACUCCGCUCCACAAGGCCGAGCAUUACAUCCAGGGGGAACUUCAGAAACUCCAGGCCUCGGACUCUUGUUGUGGUCUGAGGAGUUUCAAGGACUGGGAGAAUCAACUUCCUGCUUCCUGUUCCUGUACCCCCCCCAGCUCCGACCUGGAGCCGAGCUCUCGGCUCGGUAACGUCAGCUCUGACGGACGCUGUGUGAUUUUAGACCGAACUCAUUCUCCGCUUCAGCCUCCGCCGGGCUCUAAUAAACUCUGGAUCCACUCUGAGCCCUGUGGCCCCGUCCUGAAGAGCUACCUGAGCUUCCCCAUCAAACUGAGAAUAGGAAUCAUCUCAGCCCUCGCCACCAUCGCAAUGGCGGCCAUCGCUCUGUGUCUGACUCUGGGUCUGGAGGAAUACUGGAAGAAGCCUCCGGUAGAAACGACGGUCGACGACUUCAACCGAGUCAAAUACCAACCGAAGCCCUCCUUCACCUGACCCCUGACCUCUGACCCCUGACCUCUGACCCCUCAGCCAGAUUAAACUACUGUCUCGGGGUUUUCAUUUU